GCAAGCAAGCAAGACAGAGGGCAAGCAAGCAAACAAACAAGAAUGUGCUGUUCGCACCUUGUUCUAGCUGCCAUCGGAUUUGUUCUCCUGGCGCCUGCGGCAGUCGCCUUUCCGCACCUUCACGUCACAAGACUGGGAGAAGAAUCGAAGCCUUAUGUUUCUACCUCGACUGACUCAGACUCACCACGAGACGUCGAGGAUACCACAGAAGAAGAAACACGAGUUGGCUCCAGCAACGAAUCUGCUUCAACGGGACCGGGAAUGGCAUGCAGUGAGCACGACCACUGCGCGACUGUACUGGUGUGUUUGGCGUCCGGCACUUGCGGCUGCCCAGACCACGUGCCUGUGCUGGUGCGUGACGCGGGCAGCUACGCCUGCGUCUCGUCUCGGCGGCUGAGGGAGUUCUGCUUGAGCGAUGCCGAAUGCCGCCACGCCAACGAACAGACGCGCUGCGAGGACUCAUUGUGCCAGUGUCGAACUGACUUCUAUCCCUCGGUUGAUGGCUCGCUCUGCCUGCCAAAAAUAAAGGCAUGGAAGCCUCUGAAGAUUACCAUGUUCCCGGCGGUGCUGCUCAUAAUGGCGUUCAUUGUGCUUGCCUUUGCUGGCUAUACCAGGUUGAGCGCAGAUCCGCACGACAAGGCGCGAAUUGCUCCGGGCCUUCCGUGUUCACCCAGAGACACUAGUGAAUUUCGUGUCGAAAACCUGCGCAACUUACUCAAAACGUGCCACCUCAAAGAGCGCAUAAGCAGCCGAUUUCGAAUUUUUACCCUCAGUGCCACCCAAAUCUUUAGAUUUAUGCCGUCUCGCCAGGAAUGGUCGCGGUUAGAAGAGGACGUCCCUCAGUCAGGUGACUCGCCAAAUGCGGUCAAGCAAGAUGCCGUGUAUACCGCCCACGACAUCAGAGUCAAGAGAGAGAGAAGCGGUCCUUUUCAGUGGAACACCUUGGGCACCUCUCAUGAGUCGUCGCACCGUCCGUGGUCCUCCGUACGACAUGUCCUGCUGCAAGGGAGCACAGAUGCACUAAGACAGGACGAGUCUCCGCGUCAUCGCACGGAGGAGUCAAAUAAUGACCGAACGAGAAAACCAACACCAAUGCCAAGGACAAGAGUAGCGACGCUUUCAACGUAUACUUUGAUGCCCUGCCGCGCAGGGAGAAAAACCAAUUUAAGUUCAUCAGUGACCUCGUCAGCGACCAAAGUACCUGUUACGAACGCCUACGGAUACAGGGAUGCCGGUAUUACCGAUGCGCCACAACAAGACAGAGCGACAUGCUCCAUCAACCUUCAGCACUUGUGGCCGAGGCCUACAACGUCGUACAGGUUCACCGAAAGCGAGCUCUCCGGCGGGAAGCUCAGAAAACACUGGUCGGAACUAGUUCGACAGCCAGUUACCAAGCAACACCGCCGAGCCGCGUCCGAGGGCGUCGACUCGCUAGAUGUAAUCGACAAAGGAGAAACUGUGGAUUCCCGCUGUUGCUACGAAUCACCGACAACGUCGUCUUGCUGGUACAGCAGCGGAGCUAGUGACUGUUCCGUAUGGACCGCGGAUCCUUGGAUGACAAGCUUUGAGGACGAAGACACCGAACUUAAGGAUGUUUGGACGCCGGCAAGCAGCAGUCAGCCAAACUGGCCCGGCGAACACGCUCAACGAAAAUUAGUCGAUCGGAGAGCGAGGACGUGCGAAGCGUUCACCGUCCAGAUUGGCUCUCGCCCCGGAACUGCGAAGCCCGCGAUAGGAAAUGAGAUCGCGCAUCAAGACGUUGAGAUGCCGCAAUUCAUCUACAGGCGGUGGCCUCCGACCCAGGAGAGGACGCGCUGGCGCAGGAGCGUUCUUAUUUCGGACGGCACCACUUCAGCGGCACCCAGGUCUCCUGCGGCCGCUGCUUCGGCAGCUUCUGUCCAGGACAACGAGAGGCCCGGAGGACAGCUGAUCGGCAGUGGUGAGGGUGGUGGGCGAAGGCCGGCGUUUAUGGCUGAAGUGGCGACAAGUCGCUUUCGCCGGAAUGGUCUGCACGGAUUCCGGUUGCCGCCGCCACCCCGAUUUGACCGCGCAUCUCUCUCUCUCGAUGCUAGGCUCGCCACUGCGAUGCUCCACGCCGAGCGGCGCGUCAAGGGCAGCUCAUUUUAGUCGCUUCCGCUUAUGAGCUCGACCUAUUCAGUCGAGCUCGUAUAGGUGCGAACACGCCAUCGCGGUCCCACGUGACUGUCACGUGUCGAUCAAUGUAUCUGCCAGUGUGCCACGUAGUCGCUGUGCUCUCAAGCUUCAAGCGAGAGAGAGAAAGAAACACCUUUAUUGAUAUAAAGCAUGUGCUUGGUUA